CGGGAGCCGAGGCCCGGCGGGUCCCGGCCGAGCUCCGCAGCCAUGCCCGCCUUCAGGCAGGUGGGCGAGAAGCAGCUGCCACAGGAGGUCGUGUUCAUGUCCUGGUCCCCCAAAAGGGACCUCAUCGCCCUGGCUAACCGAGCCGGGGAGGUUUUACUUCAUCGACUCGCAAACUUUCAACGUGUGUGGAGUUUGCCUCCAAAUGAAAAUACAGGAAAAGAAGUGACUGCUCUUGCUUGGAGACCAGAUGGCAAAAUUUUGGCUUUUGGCCUUGCUGAUACCAAGCGGAUUAUUCUAUGUGAUGUAGAAAAACCUGAAAGCUUGCACUCCUUCUCUGUGGACUUAUCUAUUACAUACAUGCAUUGGAUGGAAGUAACUGAGGAAAGCAGUGUUCUCACUUCCUUUUACAAUGCUGAAGAUGAAUCAAACCUCCUUUUGCCUAAAUUACCAGCACUACCAAAAAAUUACAGUACCACUGCAAAAAUUUUCAGUGAAGAAAAGUCAGAUGAGAUUAUGAAGCUUUUGGGUGAUGUCAGACUUAAUGCUCUUGUUCUUGGUGGCAGCUCAGGAUUUAUUGAGAUACAUGCAUAUGGAAUGUUCAAGAUUGCUACAGUAAAUGGGGUGGCAGGGUCUUGUCGUGGACUGUGUUUGUCUAGUGAUUUGAAAUCACUGUCAGUUAUUACAGAGAUACAAAGCUCUUCAGACAGCGAAGCAGAGAUGACGUAUUUUCAGGCAAGUAAAGUAAUUUUAAAAUGUUUUUUAAAAGUAAAACUUAUUUUAAAAUUACAUUCUGUUUCUGUGUUACAGUAUAUAAAGCUGUCAUUGACAUGCAUGUGUGAAGCAUGGGAAGAAAUACUGAUGCAGAUGGACUCACGACUAACAAAGUUUGUACAGGAAAAGAAUACAACCACUUCUGUUCAGGAUGAGUUUAUGCAGCUGUUGUUAUGGGGAAAAGCAAGUCUGGAACUUCAGGCAUUACUAAUGAACCAACUGACAGUAAAGGGUUUAAAAAAACUUGGUCAGUCCAUAGAGUCUUCCUAUUCCAGUAUACAAAAAUUGGUUAUAAGUCAUUUGCAGAGCGGCUCUGAGGCACUUUUAUACCACUUGAGUGAAUUGAAAGGAAUGGCUUUAUGGAAACAAAAAUACGAGUCUCUGGGAUUAGAUGCAGCUGGAAUUGACGAGGCUAUCACUGCUGUUGGUUCUUUCAUCCUGAAGGCAAAUGAGCUGCUUCAAGUGAUUGACAGUAGUAUGAAAAACUUCAAGGCAUUUUUUCGAUGGCUCUAUGUUGCCAUGUUGAGGAUGUCAGAAGAUCAUGUGCUUCCAGAGCUGAACAAGAUGACUCAAAAAGAUAUCACUUUUGUUGCUGAUUUUCUUACUGAGCACUUCAAUGAGGCACCAGAACUUUACAAUCGUAAAGGAAAAUACUUCAAUGUGGAGAGAGUUGGCCAGUACUUGAAAGAUGAAGAUGAUGACCUUGUAUCACCACCUAAUACAGAGGGAAACCAGUGGUUUAACUUUCUUAAAGAUAGUACUCAUCUUAAAGAAAGCCCACUUCUGUUUCCCUACUAUCCUGAGAAAUCACUGCAUUUUGUCAAAAGGCAAAUGGAAGGAGUCAUUGAUCAGUGUUUACAAAAGCCAGCAGAUGUAAUUGGAAAGUCAGUGCAUCAAGCAGUCUGCAUGUCUCUCUACAAAAUUUCUCAAAGUGAAGAUUCCACACCUCAGUUAUUUAAAUUACCAUUUCUGUGGAACGACAAAACAUCUAAUUUACAUUAUGUUCUCUUCACCAUGUUAGAAAAUUCUAUUUCUAAAAUACACAUUUUGAGGAGACAUACUGAUACUUCCAGGUCUGUCAGUAAUGGGAUUCUUGCAGUAGAGUUUGGAAACUUCUUGAACAACAGCAUAAAUGAGAGCUCAGACUCCAGAUGCUACAGUUGUUUGGAUGCUCACUUCUAUGACGAUGAAACUGUAACUGUAGUUCUGAAAGAGAGUGUUCAACAAGAGGGGAAGGAGAGAGUCUUGGCUCAGCUGCCUUUAUCUUCGGUAUAUACAGACGAGGACCAAGAUGGGAAAUUCAUUUGGGAUUCUAUGGAAAGGCUGGAUGAGCGAAGUGGUGAGAUACCCACACGUACUGUCUUCUUGGAGGGUCAGUGGAGAGUGCUGGAGAAUAUGAAAGCUCAGUAUGUUUCUGUAAAUGGCAUUAGAAAAGUUUCUUGUGUGCUAAGUUCAAACCUUCGCCACAUCAGGGUGUUUGAGAUGGAUGUAGAGGAUGAUGGGGAAGUUGAGGAAGAAGAGGAAGAAGAAACAACUCAGAUUGCAGCUGGGGAACCUGAUGAGCCAAAUCAGCCUGCAGAUGGCCAGGACAAUGUGUGUGAUGCGUCUGCUGAAGAACUACCUGAUGAAACUGAAGAACAUGAGACAAGUCUGGACCCUUGAAACAGACUUAGUAAAGGAACAGAACCAAACCGUAAAUAGUUUUUAAUGGCACGAAGAAAUUGUAUAUUGAAGAAUGAACAGAAAAUGUUAAAAGCAAGUUCAAACUCAUCCUGGCUGCUAUAAUAAGCAGGGGCAUUAUCCAUACUGUCCCUGGAACUGGGAGUGAUGUGGAGUGAUACAUUUCAAAGGUUAUCUAACUAGUUAGAAAGUAAUUUGACUUCAGGCUGCUGAGAUGAUGGAUCCCAUACCUCCUCAAGCAGCUGAAUCAAGUUGGAAUUCUGUAUUUCUUCUCAGCUAAGACUGUGUUCUAGAGUACCUUUAUUGACUCCUUUUUGUCUGGCACAUGGUUUGGUACCAGCUAAAGCUUUGAAAGCUUUUCUAUUUGCCAUUUUUAAUACUUGUGGAGAAGAAGAAAUACCAGCUGAGGUUUUUGUAGCUAGGCUAUUCAGUCCUGUACUGUUACAAAGAUAAAAUAAAGUUAUAUAUAAUACCAAUAAAA